GCACGAUGUCUAAGGAAGUCUCAAGGUUUUGCUCGCCUGAGGAGCUGCUGAAGGAGACUCACCAGGAGUGGGCCAACCGGGUGGUGGAGUUGCUUUACAGCAUUUUCUGCCUGGACACCCAGCAGAUCACCUUCACCCUGCUGGGCCACAUCCUGCUCACAGACUCGGCCUACUGGCACAGCCUGGCAGACCCGCCCAGCAAGGCCCUGGCUAAGGUGAAAUGGGCAAUUCUAAAAGCUCCACUAGGUGACCGCUCCAUGUCCACCUCCCUGUCGGCUCCAUACGGUCAACAUGAGGGACCCUCUCAACCGCGUCCUAGCCAACCUGUUCCUGAAGAUCUCAUGAAGGAGUGUGUGGAGUGCCUGGAACAGGGCAGCUGUGGGAGUAUCUUGCAGUUCAUGCCUUUCACCAUGGUCUCAGAGCUGGUGAAGCUUCCUGUACUGGCCAAGCCCAAGGUGGUCCUGGGCAUCACUGACCUGACUCUGCCCCUGGGGAGGAGCGUAGCAGCAAAGGCCAGCUUUGCCUUAUAGACCCCUGAUGGUUCCCACUGCCCAGGGUUCAGCUCUCCCACCUCUGCCUUCUCCAUGGAUUCUAUUUCCCCAGUCACUCAGGGGCGAAACCAGCUUCACACAUAAAUCAACAUUUUAUUUAGUCAUGCACUUGUGUCAAUGUGAGACUAAGAGAAGACUUAAAGUGGAAGUUAGGAUUCACACUUCAAAGCUUGGGACUCUGCUUAGAUGGUGUUUCAUCACUUUGGCAUAGAAAUACCAGUUACGAUACUCCGAAGUUGGUUAACAACUGUUAUGUAAUCCUGAUUGCUUCAUUCAUUCAAAUGUAGGUUUUCUUUCAUUUUGAUAGUCUCUAUGGUCAGUAAUACAAAACUGUAAAAUUAAAUGUUUUCACAAUCUUGGAAUCAGUAUUCAUAGAAAGUGUACAUAUUGUCAUCUUUAUAAUAACGCCUCAUGAAAAUGUAAAUACCUAUUUAAAUACCUAGUUUCAUCAUAGCGUUUGAUGGUUUUUGUGAAUGCACUUGAAGAAACUUUCAAAGUUCUUGAAAUGUUUUGGAUUGACUGACCUUAAAAUAAUGAUGGAAUAUC